AUGGCUCUUUUGAGGGCCUCUCGUCCCAAGGCUCUUGUGCCAGAAAAGCUGUCACCGGAUGGACUGGCUCUUCUGCGCGGCUCGCUGGAUGUCCAUGAACGAAAGGGUCUCAGUGCCGAUGAAUUACUCCAGAUAAUCCCCGAUCAUGAUGCCCUCCUCGUUCGCUCCGAGACUAAAGUCACUGCGACUGUGCUGCGAGCUGCAAAGAACCUAAAGGUUGUAGCACGUGCCGGUGUUGGAGUUGACAACGUUGAUGUCGCGGAAGCUACAAAGCUAGGGAUUGUGGUCGUCAACUCACCUUCAGGGAAUAUUGGCGCCGCAGCUGAGCAUACAAUUGCAUUGAUGAUGUCCAUGGCGAGAAAAAUUCCUGAGAGCUGUGCUAGUCUCAAAGAUGGGAAAUGGGAACGAAGUAGAUUCGUCGGUGUGGAAGUCAAGGGGAAGACAUUGUCGAUUAUUGGUCUGGGAAAAGUGGGAUUGACAGUAGCACGACUGGCCAAGGGUUUGGGCAUGAAUGUGAAUGCCCUCGAUCCAUAUGCAUCCCCGGCGGUUGCGGCUUCGGCUUCGGUCGCCCUCAUAUCCUCGCUCCCAGAGCUGCUGGCAUCUGCCGACUUCCUAACGAUUCAUACACCUCUCAUCGCCUCAACUCGGGGAAUGAUUGCGGAAGCCGAGCUAGCACAGUUGAAGCCAGGUGCCCGGGUAUUAAAUGUAGCACGGGGAGGAACGUUUGAUGAGGAUGCACUGCUCGCGGCACUGGAGUCAGGCCAUAUUGCCAGUGCCGCUAUUGAUGUUUUCACUUCAGAACCUCCUGCUCCUGAUUCAUCUGCGGCACGACUAAUCGCCCACCCACGAGCAGUCGUUACACCGCACCUUGGUGCCUCCGCAGUAGAGGCACAAGAAAACGUGUCAGUCGAUGUGUGCGAACAAGUUCUGGAAAUCCUGCAAGGAUCGUUGCCGCGCAGCGCUGUCAAUGCUCCUCUCAUUCUGCCAGAGGAAUACGAAAAGUUGAGCCAUUUAAAUACCUUUGAUCUGAUUUAUGAAGGCGAGUUGAGCAGCAUCAAUAACACGAAACCACUCUUUGCCGCUUUGAUCAAGGGUCUUCUUGCUCCCAUUAGCAGCAUGGAGGGACUUAACAUCAAUAUUGUCAACGCUGAGCUGGUGGCUCGCGAACGUGGAAUCUAUGUUUCGGAGCAACACUCCCGCGACCCAUCAGACCACUCGUCCUAUUCGUCGCUAGUCACUCUUGUCGCACGUCCACCUUCUCGGGCAUCGUCCCGAGCCCCAGCUUCCGGCGACACCUCCACUGGGUCAAUUCCAGACCAACACCAGCGAAUUAUCUCCGGCACCUGCUCUGGUGAUCAGCCACUGAUCACUCGCCUGGGUCGAUUUGAAGCGUCCUUUGAGCCGGAGGGGACCUUAUUGAUCUGCGAGAACUAUGAUUCACCGGGGAAGAUUGGUGUUGUAGGUAACACCCUUGGCCAGGAGGGCGUCAAUAUCAAUUUCAUGACUGUUGCUCCUGUGUCAAACAAGUUGGCUAUCAAUGAAAGCCCAGAGAAGUCUCACCCCACAGAUGAAGGCUCCCAAGAACCAUCUGCAAAGGGUCAAUCAUUGAAGGAAGCCCUGAUGAUCCUCGGUAUUGACAGAGGAGUUCCUGCCCAUGUUACUGCUGCUUUGGCUAAGGAAACCGGAAUCUUGAGUGCGUGCACUGUCACCCUUUGA